CUCCCUCCAUGGUGACUGACCAUCCCUUGACAUAGCCAAGGGAUCGGAGCAAACGGAAGCAUCCUGGUCUGAAUGGCCUCCCCGCGGACCAUCACCAUCGUGGCCCUCUCGGUGGCCCUGGGGCUCUUCUUCGUCUUCAUGGGGACCAUCAAACUGACCCCCAGGCUCAGCAAGGAUGCCUACAACGAGAUGAAGCGGGCCUACAAGACCUACGUGAGGGCGCUGCCCAUGCUGAAGAGGUUGGGGGUCAGCUCCAUCGUUCUUCGCAAGAGCAUCGGAGCCCUGGAGGUGGCCUGCGGGAUUGUCAUGACCCUGGUUCCGGGCCGCCCCAAGGACGUGGCCAACUUUGUGCUGCUGCUGCUGGUGUUGGCCGUGCUCUUCUUUCACCAACUGGUGGGGGACCCACUCAAGCGCUACGCCCACGCCUUGGUCUUUGGGAUCCUGCUCACCUGCCGCCUGCUGAUUGCACGCCAACCUGAGGACCAGCCUCCGGAGAAGAGGACCCUGUCAGUGAACGGGGACGAGCAGCCGUCACUGGCAGACGCAGCCCCAGAGAAGGGCAAAAUCAAGAUCUCCUAGUGGGUGACCCUCUACGCGGGACCUAUGGACCCUCUUUACAGCUCUCUGUGCGGAAGAUCUACGACAGAGCUAACCUGUUUCUUUUUUUGUCCUUGAUUGGUUGAUCGAUUUCGGCAAAGGGUUCCGUUUUGGAGCAUGGGGAAAUCCUUCCAGGGGCCAGUUAAAUUCCAACCUGGCUUAUAGCACUCUGAACCUCAAGAGCUGCCCUCCGCUAUAUAGCCCUCCACCUCCCGCACACCAGUGUGUCGUCAUCCUGCAUCGGAUCUGUAAAACAAAAGUGUCUCUUUGUAUCGAGUGUGUAAGUGUCCAUGUGCCUCUGUGUCUCUGUGUGUGUGUGUGGAAAGAGGGGGACAGCUGAAUUGCUCUGCCUGAAUUGCCUGUGUGCCAAAAAAAAAAAGAAGUCGUUCGGAGGCCGAAAGCCUGCGGAGGGAGGGGAAACAAAACGAAAUUCCCAAUGCAGUAUUUCCUCACUCACUUUCCUGGUUCACCUACUGCGCCAAGCAAUGCAUGCCUCUACCCCUUUCUCAGCAGAUAAUAAAGGAUCUUGCAGAGAUGAUAGCCGAUUCAUCAGACCUCUCCUCUCCCAAGUCUGUCUGUUGGCUGCUGGCAAAAGAUCAAGGACUAUUCAUUACCUGGUCCCCAAUGUAAAUUUGCUUCUUUGGCCAUCCACUCGUACUCACAAGAGUCACGGAUGAAGGCCGUGUUUUUCAACCACGGUGGCUUUUAAGAUGAGUGGACUUCGAUUCCCAGAAUUCCCCAGCCAGUCCAGGAUGAGCUACACUGCUUUUGGGUGAGGCUAACAGUGCCAUCCAUUUUCUCUUCUGCAUAGGUCUCUCUUCUUAAGCCAAGACAUUGUGAGCACUCUGUUUUAAUGAGAGGUUUUCAUUGUUCAGCUUGGGAUGAACAUGAAAGGCGAGUCUCGACUGUCAAGAGAAAUACAUUUUUAAAAGCUAUAUAUAAACAUGGGUGUUGCUUUCUUCGUAUUGUCUGCUUUGCAUUCUCCUCCCGCUCUUCCC